UUGGACUUUGUUUUUUGGAUAGCUGUAUCAUUGGCAAUCGUACCAUAUCUCCUUAUUUCAUUAUUAAAAAGAUAUAUAAGUAUUAGAAUUUAAAAUGGAACUGAAAUGAUAACAACCAAGUGGGAAAAAUAGAUAAAGGAAGCGGAAGAAAAAAUAAACUGGAUUCACUGUCAAAGACGUUUUGAACCCGAACAAAAUCAUCACAGGUGAAGGAAGAAAUUAGUGAAGAGACAAAGAGUUCAUUGGAUUAAGAUAUGAAGUUUAUAAAAAGAGUUAUUCUGGUAGUGUGUUGGGUAUUAACACUAUUUUUUCUUUAUUGUCAUCAUACGCCAAUAAUAAUUUCUUUUUCAACAUACUAUCAAACAAUGUACAACAGCUUUGGCAAUGAAAAGUUAAAAUACGAUAAGAAGAAAAUACAAUUAUUUCAUGGAAGAAAGGUAUCUCCGCAAUUUGAGAGCUUUUAUAACCAUGCGUCUGAUGAUGAACUAAUGGAUCCAUUUAUCCAUCAACAUCGGUACAAACUAUUACUUAACAAUGUUGUGAAAUGCAAAGGCAAACAUGUUUUUCUUUUAGUCUUUAUACACAUUGCACCGGUCAAUUUUGCUAAACGUAGCUUUAUUAGAUCCACGUUUGGAUCCAUUUUAAGUUUUCACAAUAAACGCAUUGAACAUGUAUUUGUGCUUGGAAAAACAAAAAAUGCAACACUUCAACAAGAAAUCGAACACGAAAGUAAUAAAUAUAUGGACAUUAUUCAAGGUAAUUUCAUAGAUUCAUACAGGAAUUUAACAUACAAACUUAUAUUUAGUUUGUUUUGGGUAAAUAAUUUCUGCAAAAAUGCGAAAUUCGUAAUCAAGAUGGACGACGAUAUUAUAAUCAAUAUUCCACUCGUAGUACCCUACCUGGCAGAAAAAGUAAAAGCUGGAAAAACAGUCAAUGUUCUAGAAUGUAAAACGAUAAAGGAAAAUAUUCCGGUUCGAGAAAGGAACAAUAAAUGGUUUAUAACACCAGAAGAAUAUCCAUUCACAAAGUUUCUCCCAUAUUGUGCUGGACACAGUUCUAUAAUGUCAAUUGACGUUGUAAGGAAAAUGUACAAAGCAUCAAAGAAUGUUCCUUAUUUAUGGUUAGAGGAUGUUUAUGGAAGUGGAUUUUUAUCAUUGCUCUUAAAGCUAAAUAUGUUUAUGCCGAAAUUUUAUUUUGAACCUGUGUUAAGUGGGUUAUAUAAAAUACCAUGCAGUUUAUUUUAUUUGAAUAUUUUAAAAAAUGACAGCAAUGCACUGGUUUUGUGGAAUACUAUUACGAAAUAUGAAAAAAGACUCAACUGUAUGUAUUAAUUUUGAAUAUGAAUAUAUGCGUUUAUAUGUAUUUCAUACUGGACGUUAAACAAACAAGUUAAAACACUUCAAAACCAAAACUGUCACAUUGAACAUUUCGAUGUUCUGUAAAUAGAUAAUUUUGAGUCCAAAUCCUGAUUAAUUUCCUAUAUAUUUUAAUUUAGACCACAUGACAAUGAACAAACGAAGUUACAAGUUGGCGUGACCACAACUUCAUAGUUAAUUACCUUAAGGAUGUACACCUCUCAGGAGCCAAAAAAUUCUAGAAUUAAACUUUUUUUCUUAAAUUGAUUUUUGGGUUUAUAUGACUGUAAGAAAGUAAUUGAUCAAGAAAAAAUCAAUUGGUGGUGCACUUCUUAUUUUGCUCUGGCCAUUUGAAAGUAUUCCAUUUUUCAUAAAUUUUUACCCAUUUUUGGGCUAUUAUCAUGAAAAAAAUCACAGUUUCACAAGUAAACUUUUUUUCAUACUUUCACUAAAGACGAAGUGGACCAAUCUGAAUAAAUUCAACUUAAAAAAACUAUAGGUUUCUGUUAAUAUAAGAAAGUUUCACACAAUUUUGUUGCUUUUUCGUGUCAAAUUGACCAUGCUGUCAAUUUUGUCAAUUUGGGAUUUUUCUCUUUUUUUAGAAAAAAAAGCAUAUUAUUUCAACUUCUUUGUUAUAAAUGAUUGAAAAAAUAUAUAUCUAAGAAUUUUGAAAAAAUUCUGAUAUGGGAUUUAUAUAUUUUUGGUAAAAUCAUUUCUUUGUACCCCACACAUUUUGGCUGAUGACACUGACCAGAUUGGUUAUACAAUUUGAAUGACUCAAAAACUACUCAUUGUAAGUACACAAUUUUUUCACAGAGUUUAGAUUGAUCAUAAUAUUUCUUAAAUUCAUUGAUAUUUUCCACUUGUAUCACAUGUUUUGGAAAUAAUUCCCGAACGAGAUUUCAACGAGACUGAAACAUCAGAAGAAUACCUCCUUUGGGGAGGAUAUGUUCGGACAUUGAUCGUUAAACAAGAAAUAAAAAAUACAUUGGCAAUAAAGAUAUUGAUACAAAUUGAAAAUGAUAACCGUUCAUGUAUAACUUGUAUCAAACUUAUCAGGACUCGACGGUUGGGUCUAAGAGAUUGGCACGUGAACAUGGCACUUGUCUUCUAUUGAAGACAUGCUUGUCAAUUAGAGAUUUGUGUGUGUCUUUUGUGUCGUAUGGUUGCUUGAAUACUCAAAUCCCCACUAUAAAUCAUCGAUCGGUGUGAUUAAUACGUAGAAUUUUUAAAAUACAUUGUAACUUAUAAAAACUUAAGAUUCAAUAAGAAUCUACUUUUAAAAUAAAGGUCAAACAUUGUUUAAACAAAUGUACGUCAUUUUUAUUAUGAGUAAAUACAUAACGAACACUGUAAAAUAUUUAUUAUAAAAAGAGAAAAUGUGGGAUAUAUACUAUUUUGUCAGGUUUCAUGGACUUUUCCCUU